CCAGAUAGCAGUGUGCCUCUGUCCACAGACCCUCUGUGCCCCCCCUCCUCCUUCGCCUGUGCCAGUGGGGAGUGUAUUGAUGAGGGCAAGGUGUGUGACUUCACCCCACAUUGUCCUGGCGGGGAGGAUGAAGGCAGCUGCCGUAAGAACCCUGUUGCCAAAAAUGCCAAGUAACAAACACACAAAACUCCAAAUCCCAUCAACAACCCUGGUCGUAUCCCAGGUGCCAUGCUCCAGCUUCUGGCUUUUUGUAGUUUCAAUGGUCAUCAUUUUUUCUGCCACAGUUGUAGGCUAUAUAAGUAACGAUCAUGUUUGAUCCUUCAGGGUUUUGAAGUUUGAUGUAAGAGUACUUCAUUGUCUAAUGUAGUCUAAGCUAUGAAUUAGUCAAAUGUAGUCUGGAAGCCAGAGAGGGGAUCCAUUCCAUUCCUAUUGAAUUUCACCGUAGGAAAGCAUUUCAAUCCAUGCAUUGACUGGAAUGUAGAUGGAAUUGACUCUCCCUCUGCUAGAGGCCAUUUAAUCCAUUGUCUUGUUGAUUUGGUUUGAUAUAUUUUGGGGUAAAACGUUACUACAGUUUAAAAAGUACACUGAAAUCCCAGAGGAUAACACAAGUAAGCUUUAAAUAUACUUACUUACUUAUGUUCUCUCUUCACCCAGGCUCCUUCUGUGACUUUGAGAGCAACUCCUGCGGCUGGCAUGAGUAUGGCUUUGUCCAGGGCGAUGGUUUCGACUGGGUCAGGGGCUCAGCGAUGACCGUACCACUGGACCACCAGGGCCAGAUCCCUCCUCUGGACCACUCCACCAACAGCAGCCAGGGUAGGAGGGAGGAGUCACUAUCAACACAACACCACACAACACUCCAUACAGCACAGUAACACUUAGCUCUGGUCCAGGGUGUUACGUGCGGCUUCCUAACAGCAUCAGUGUCAGCAAACUGCACGUAACACCUUGAACCAGAGCUAGGUAACACUGUGGUCUGAAAAUAGCAAGUUAUAUCCCCCACCCCCCACAGAGUGCGCUAAUGGAAUAAGCACAGAGGUGUGAUUGCCUGAUAAGAGGCUGUGUGGUGUCUGCUCAACGCUGUCAGUUUGGAAAUAAGAGGCAGAAGAAAAUAAUAUUAUUCACAGAUUAAAUCAAUCACUUCUUCAGAAAACACCCCUGCUGAUAUUUUUGUAAGUACAGAGCCAGAGAGAGCAGCGGCGGCUGGAGCGAGAAACGCUUUCUCAGCUGUCUGAAUAAUAGAGGGGAAAUCGACAUCUCUCCCGCCUGGUAUUAAAAACCACACACCUCUGCACAAUAUUUCACCCACUCCCAAACUUUAUAUGCUCUUCCUCCUCUGCAUUUUCAAUGUUUUUUGGGUUGUAAUCAGGAUAAUCAACUUCUUGCGGAGGUCAGGUCCAUUUUGUACGUUUAUGCCUUCUUCCUCAUGUUUUUUUAAUAUGAGAUGUCUCCUUCCUCCCUCCCUCUCUCCCCCCUCUGUCCUUCCCUCAGUCCAUUUCUCUCAGCUCUGGAAUUUUCAGGUUUUUAUGCUGUUGUAAAGUUCUCCUCUGCCUGUGAUUUGAAAAGCUUUCCCCUCUCAUUGCAGGCCACUUUAUGUUUGUCUUGAAGAACAGUAGCAGUAUAUCCCAGAUGGCUUUUCUCCGGGGCCCCCAGUACCGCCAGUCAGCCUCUGGGUGCACCAUGACCUUCUGGUGAGGACGAUGACCCUGUUGUCUUACAAACGUCAUUAGAAGAUUCCGUUCCUCAUGGUUCAGUAAUGGGCCCAAUGUUAUUUCCACACUGGUGUGCCUCAGGGUAUAGCUUUUGAUUAUCUCAGUACAGUAGCUCACUUUCUCUAUGGGGCGCCAUGACAUUGUGGUACAGAUACACUGGUAAAUAUUUUGUAUUGCUCAACAGAAUAGGCAUUAAUUGAGAUUGAGCUGACAUUUUUCCUGAACUAAUUUGUCUGUAGAUAUAUCACAUGCCUUUCUAAAGCUCUGCUGUUGUAGACUGCCAAUUUGAGUUAUAGAUGUUCAAUUACAGUAUUUCACUAUCUCUGCCUCUCUCUCGCUAUCUCUCUCCCUCUCUUUUUGCUCUACGAGCAUCUCCCAUUUCAUAGCUUCACUCAGUAGUGAGACCUGCAUCUGAAUCGGUCACUUUAUGCCACAUUUUAUGGCUGUUUAACAUCCCUGUCAGAGGACAGAUUGUAUAUUUCCUGUGGAUGAUUGGAAUGCUACAUUUGUCAGAAAAUUGCAGUUCAAGGGUUUAUACAUUUCAUUUUCUCCAGAGCAAGUAGAAAUGUUCACGUUUAAUGUCCAGCAUGUUGCAUUAUCACUCCUGGAGAAAUCAUUACCUCAUCUCAAGAAACAAAGUACACUUCAACAGAAAACUGUGAUGGGUUGCAAACCAGCCUGGUCAAAUGGCUGUUAUGUAUCAGUAGUAUGUAAAGAAUGCGUCCCAAAUGGCAACCUAUUCCCUACAUAGUGCACUACUUUUGACCAGAGCCAAGUAGUGCACUAUAGAGGGAAUAGCUUGCCAUUUGGGACGCAGCCAAUUGUCCCUCUCUACGCCCACACACCCAGGCAUUAUAACUCAGGCAUCUCGGUGGGGGCUGCAGAAAUGUGCCUGCGUAUCGCUGGCAUGGACAACAUCACCGUGCUGUGGCAAACCCUCUAUAACCAAGGGAACCGCUGGAACCGGGUCACGGUGCAGCUGGGCCGAAUCACCCAGCCCUUCCAGUUCUCAUUGGCUAAGCUCAGCCUGGGCGUGUUUGAUGGAGUCUCCGCCCUGGACGACAUCAGCUUCCAGAACUGCUCGUUGCCCCCAGCGGUGGAGGCGGGGCAGUGCCCCAGCCACACCCACUUCCACUGCUCGCGGAGCCGGGCGUGUGUGGAGCACCUGCAGCUUUGUGACCUGGUGGACGACUGUGGAGAUGGCUCGGACGAGGAGGACUGCUGUGAGUUCACACAGACAGACGCAUAGGCAACCAUACAGUCAAAAUAGAAUGUACAGUAUAUGUAUGAGAUACUAGAAUAAACAACAAAAUAGGAACAUUUUAGCUGAGCACUUGGCUCUUAUAGCUCCAUAUUUUGUGGGACGAUAACAGGAAAACUCUUUCUCUCUGUCAAUAUUGUCUUCCUCUCCAUCUCCUCCUCUCUCAGCCGCGGAGUUGAUUUGCGACUUUGAACAGGGGCUGUGUAGCUGGACCCAGGAGCAGAGCCACGAGGGGGGUGACAUCUUUGACUGGACGCUUAUUCAGGGCCCAACGCCCACCCUCCAAACUGGCCCCUGGAAGGACCAUACCCUUGGCCACGUUAACGGUCACUACCUGUACAUCGAGACCUCCGCCCCCCAGGAGUUUAAGGACACGGCAAUGCUGGUCAGCCCAGUGUUACAGCCUACCCUCCGCCAUGGUAAUGGAAUGCCCGGCAUCACCACCGGCCCACGCCACCCCUGUGUGUUCCGCUUCCACUACCACAUGUUUGGGGCUCAUGUGUUCCGCCUGGCCGUGUACAUGAGGACCACCAAGCUCGGCCGCGGUCACAUGCUG